CAUAUCUUCCCUGCUUUUCUCUUUUCUUUCUGCUCUGUCUUCUCUCUCUCUCUCUCUGCUUUUGCAAUGAAUGCAGCACUACCAUCCCCAUCCAUACACACCCACACUACUACUACUACUUUCCCUUAUUAAUACUCAAACCCCCUCUCUCUUUCACUCCUUUUCAUCUCUCUCUGCUCUUCUCUGAUCCUCAACCUUAUUCCCCUGCAUUCUCAGAAAGCUGGUUUCAUUAUCCUUUCAAAUAGCUUCAUUUGACAGUGGAGGAAAGGCCCCAUUUUUCUACACAGUUGAUGUGAGAUCUACAGUGGAAAAGAGAAGCAACUUUGUAGCAGAUGGGUUGUUGUGUCUCAACAAGAAGUAAAAGCACUUGUAGCAGCAGGAGCAAUGGAGAGAGGGUCUCUCCAUCUUGCUUGGAAGUUGGAUUCUGUGGGCAAAAGAGAGCAACAAGGAGAACAUUUUCUGAUCAUGUUAUUUCUCUACACCAUUUACCCUCCUUACCCAGCAGAAUUUUCGCUAAUGGAAAGAGCCGCGGGUCCUGCAUAUUCACGCAGCAAGGCCGCAAGGGUAUUAAUCAGGACGCCAUGAUUGUGUGGGAAGAUUUCAUGUCUGAAGAUAUGACCUUUUGUGGUGUCUUUGAUGGCCAUGGUCCACAUGGUCAUCUUGUUGCACGCAAAGUGAGGGAUACCUUGCCAUUGAAACUGCUUUCAUUUUUGCAUUCUGGUGAAUCAAAGAGAAAUGGGUCGGGUAAAGGUUGCUUCAAAGGGAACAUAAAACCUGACAGUGGAGAGUCUGAGAAUGAUUGUUCUGCCGAGGAUAAACUGAACUCGACAUGGAGAGAAGCUUUAAUGAAGGCAUACAAGGCUAUGGACAAAGAACUCAGGUCUCAUCCAAAUCUAGACUGCUUCUGUAGUGGGAGCACAGCCGUGACUAUAAUAAAGCAGGGUUCAAAUCUGUUCAUGGCCAGUAUCGGGGAUUCUCGAGCAAUCAUGGGAUCCAAGGACAGCAAUGACUCCAUGGUGGCAGUUCAGUUGACUGUUGAUUUGAAGCCUGAUUUGCCAAGGGAAGCAGAAAGAAUUAAGCGAUGCAAAGGUAGGGUAUUUGCUUUACAAGAUGAGCCAGAAGUGCCGAGGGUGUGGUUGCCUUUUGAUGAUGCACCAGGGUUAGCAAUGGCUAGAGCAUUUGGAGAUUUCUGCUUGAAGGAGUAUGGUGUGAUUUCCAUACCAGAAUUUUCUCACCGGCAACUUACAGACAGAGAUCAAUUCAUUGUAAUUGCCUCAGAUGGGGUCUGGGAUGUUUUAAGCAAUGAGGAGGUGGUUGAGAUUGUAUCUUCAUCCCCAACGCGAGCAUCAGCAGCUAGAACAGUGGUAAAUUCCGCUGCUCGGGAGUGGAAACUUAAAUAUCCAACUUCAAGGAUGGAUGACUGUGCUGUUGUGUGCUUAUUUCUGGAUGGGAAAAUGGACUCAGAAUCAGAUUAUGAUGAACAAGGCUUUUCUUCUGCAACCAUCCAGAGCAACCAUUCAGGCAACCCAAUUGAGUCAGAUGAUGGACAAAAAUCAGAGCCAUGUUUGCAGAGGAACUUCACAGUGAGAUCCUCGGAAGAAGAUGAGACUAAUGGAGCAGUACCUGUCGAUGUUGAAGAUGCAACAUCAUACGCUGAUGAUCAAAACUGGUCAGGUUUGGAGGGGGUAACUCGGGUAAACUCGCUUGUUCAACUUCCUAGAUUUUCUGAGGAAAGGCCAAAUUCAUGAUAGAUUAUUGUUAAUACCUGGUGCAACAGUGAUUUCAAGAUAGUAGAAUUUUGUGGAAGUGGUAUCAUUUUGAUGCUCUUUUGUUUACUAAAAGUACUUGUAGAAAACUAAUGCUUAGUUAAGGUCACAAAAUGUAAGUGUUUCAGCAUAAUGCAAGGCGGUGAUAACAGGCAUUGAGAUGUUUAUCUGUAUCAGAUUGCAUUCUUGCAAAGGUAAUCUUGAGAUAUAAUGCAACAUUUUUCAAGGGAAAA